AUGGUGCAGAAGUCGGAUAUUUGGAUUAGAUUCCCAAUCUCAUGUGAAGAUCUACACAAUGCUAAAAAUAACUGGCAAGAAAAGUUCAAUUUUCCUUCAGCUAUUGGUGCUAUCGACUGCACCCAUAUACCUAUUCUGAAGCCGUUUAUACAUGCAGACGAAUAUGUGAACAGAAAGAAAUUUGCUAGUAUAAAUGUACAAGCAACGUGCAAUUUAAACGAAGAGUUCACAAGUGUGGAUGUUUCUUGGCCAGGAUCUGUACACGACUCUCGGAUAUGGAAGAAUUCUGAUAUAUACAACGUUAUGAAAUGGAAUAGGGCUAGUGCUGUUUUGUUGGGAGACGCUGGGUAUUGUAUAGCUCCUUGGCUCAUGACUCCUUUUAUGAUUUUAGAAACAGUAGAACAUAGAUCAUACAAUCGGCUGUUUACGAGAGAGCGAGCUAUAAUAGAGAGAUGUUUCGUUCAACUAAAAGAGCGUUUUCCCAUUCUACAUAACAAAAUACGCGUCGAUACAGAAAAAGUGCUCUCCCUUGUCAUGAGUUGUUUUAUCUUGCAUAAUGUGGCUAAGCACCUUAAUGAUGAAGAUUUUGCUGUUGAUAUACCGGGAGAUGGCGAACAAGAAGAAAUCCAUAAUGGAGUGAUACGUCAGAGAGGUCAAUUUAGAAGAGAUGCAAUGUCAAGAAUUAUUCAUGGCUUUCGGGUCUAA